AAAACCCUAUAUAUACGAUAUAAUUUCCUGUAUUGCCUAAUCUACUAAGGAACCACCCUGUACACUAUUUGCAAAGAUGUAUUCCAUAUUGUGUGUAACAGUUUCCGUUAUUCUUAUUCUUGCAAAGAAUGGGUCUGCCUUUACAUGCGAUAAACAUGCAUCGAUUUGUGAAACCUCUUUGGAUAUAUCCACGGCAUUGACAAUGUUCCAUGAAAAAGAAUUAGCUAUUUUCCCGAAAGGCGGUCUUUUGUACCGUUAUGACGUCAAGAACAUCACCGCUGCAACACCGGUAAAUAUUGAUGAAGUCAAUACAGCAGACGGCUGGGAAAUGCAAAGAGUCGUGAUCGUCGCAAACGGCACUCUACCAGGACCGACAAUUACCGUGUACGAGGAUCAAACCUUAAUAGUUCAUGUCAAGAAUAAUUUAUAUUCCGACACAGUAACCAUUCACUGGCACGGUCUUCCACAGAAAGACACACCCUAUAUGGACGGGGUCGGUUUUGUAACACAGUGUCCUAUCAAUCCAGGACAAACUUUUACACACACCUUUAAAGCUAGACCGAGCGGUACAUAUUGGUAUCAUUCCCAUGUUGGAGCACAGAGAGCAAAGGGCUUGUACGGUGCACUGAUUAUCAAAGAGCGUCAUCCACCACACAUUGUACAUGGAGUGGCUGAAGAGUUUGUGAUGCAGAUUCAGGACUGGAACCAUGCCUAUGGUGUAGAUCAAGCAUUUCUUUAUGCGGAUGUAGGAGUCGUCCUAAACAGAAUAGAAAUCAAAAACUCGAUGGCGCUGGAUGGCUCGAAAUUUGGUCCUUGGUACGCCCAAUCAGCUUUAAUAAAUGGCAAAGGAAGGUAUAACGACCCAAUUACUCACACACAUAACGAGGCGCCUCUCGAAGUUUUUAAAGUUCAUCGGCAUAGAAACUAUAGAUUUCGUGUGAUAAAUGCUGCCGCAAUGUAUCCAUACAGAAUUUCCAUUGACAGCCAUCCUUUGACAGUUGUUGCCACAGAUGGUUAUUACAUAAAACCAGUAGUUGUUGAGUCAGUGAUCCUACAUCCUGGAGAGAGAUUCGAUUUCAUUAUACAAGCCAACGAGAACGUUGGAAAUUAUAUGAUCAGAGGUCAAACGUUAGAGGUAGAUAGGCGCACUAUUGGAGAGGCGAUCUUGCACUAUGAAGGGGCGGAUCAGAAUUACAUAAACAUAUUUUCAACAAGAACACAAUGUCUUUCUUCAAAGGAAUGCUUGGUCUUGAAUUGUCCAUUUUCAUUUUAUCCAAACGAAAAACAUACCCAGUGUAUUACAAUGGAUGCUAUCAAAAGCAAUGAUCCUACUGGCGUGCCAGAUGUUCAACCAGGGGCCUUUCAAGAAUAUUUUCUAAAUUUUGCCUUUCCAGGACUGACAUUUAAACCUGACUCUGUUAACGGUAUAGAAUUCAGGUUUCCCACAGUCUCGGGGAUCUCUCAACCAACCGAAAUAACUGAACAAUGCUCAAAAGUUGACUGUGGGGAACAGAAGGUUUGUUCGUGCACCAAUACUAUUGAUCUGAACCACAAUGACACGGUUCAGUUUGUGUUUGUCAACAUGGGAAUAGGAAAGGGUUGGUCCCAUCCAAUUCACAUGCACGGUCACAGUUUUUAUGUAAUAAAGAUGGGGUAUGGUAACUACAACACUUCCACUGGUGAAUUCAUUUCACAGAACUCGGACAUAGACUGUCGUGGGGGGACUACCCAAGAUAAAAGUUUCUGCAAUGACGCCACGUGGAGUGAUCCAUCAUGGAAGAAUGGAAAUAUCCCUGGUCUUAACCUUGUGGAUCCUCCACAAAAAGACACAAUAAUCGUCCCUAGUGGUGGCUACGUGGUGGUGAGGAUUAGGGCUGAUAAUCCAGGAUUGUGGAUCAUGCAUUGCCACAUCCAGCUUCACUCAGCAGAUGGAAUGACAUUACUUCUGAAUGAGUCCUUCCCAAACUUGCCUCCGGUUCCUAAAGAUUUUCCAACUUGUAGAGGCUUCAAGACAGGUAACUUCGAUUGUUUUCUGUGGCAAUGUUCUGUGUGAAGUAUAUUUGGUAGAAAACAUGGAUGGAAUUCUAUUGAUUCUGUCCUGAGUACAGUAGAGCAGCCAUGCUAUGUUUUAUGUUUUAUACACGUCACUGUAUUAUACUGUAUGGUAUUUUCUGUACUCAGAUGUCUAUUGCCCAUGGUGUUUUAGUCCGUGUUGUUGGACAUAUCGGGGAUUGGAUGUUGCUAAUUUUAUGUGUAUGAAAUGUUUUAAAAAUAAACGUUUAUUUCUUUGAUAUUAUAAGAUGAUAUUACAAUAUCUAAAUUAGCUAUUUGACAUGUUUUGUGAAUAAACUUGUAUUAAUUUAGUUGCGGUAUAUCGGUUCACGGAAUUUAACCAUCUCAAAUCAUAAAUUCGUUGGUUUUUUUUUAGACAUCACCAACUCGGACUGAAAUCACGUUUUGGUCGCCAAAAUAUAUCGAAUCCGGGUGUUAUACCCUGUCAAAUUUGAUAUUUUAAUUACAAUUUAUGAUUUAUGUAUACCAAACGAAAAGCACAAUGAUCGUGAAUAUGCAAAGUUGUUUCUUAGCAUAUGCAUGAAAGACAAAAUGAAACAAUUAUAGCAAUAUAUGAUCAUAAUUUUGCUAUGAUAAUAUUUUUCUAUUUCAGAUCCAGUUAGUGUUUAACAAUAAUAGAUCAAAACCCAGUCUGACCAUGAGGAAGAGAUCAAAGGUACAACAACAAACUAAUCAUCGACGAAUUCCAGCCGAAAUCUACCUUUUCAACAAUUCCUGCAGAAAAAAACCCAGCGCAGCUAUUCUAUGUUCUGUCUACAAAUAAAAAGAUACUAAAUAACA